AUGUCCCUGUCGAUGGCCGCAUUUACCAUCAAUGACACACUCACCAAGUCCGUCAUGGACACGCUGAACACCGGACAGAUCAUGUUCGUCCGCGGUGCGGUCAUCCUCGCCGGCCUCCUCGUCUAUCUGCGCGUCCUGCGUCGGCCGAUCCUGGCAAAGGGCAUGUUCUCGGCGCCGGUCAUCGUCAGGACCGGAGGCGAGUUGGCGAUGACGGUACUGUUUCUCGGCGCACUGGCGCAUCUGCCGCUUGCCAACGCAACCGCGGUCCUGCAGGCGGUGCCGCUGGCGGUCGCAUUGGGCGCCGCGCUCUACCUUGGCGAGCGCGUCGGGUGGCGACGGUGGACCGCAAUUCUGAUCGGUUUUUGCGGUGUCCUUCUGAUCGUUCGCCCGGGCCUUGCCGGCUUCAACGCCUACACGUUGAUGGUGGUCGGAGCGGUGAUUUUCGCGGCGGUGCGCGAUCUUGCAACGCGCCGGAUCGUCGCGACGGUGCCAUCGCUCACCAUUUCGGCGCUGACCGCAUUGACGGUCACGCUGACCGGCCUUGUGCUGAUCGUUCCCCUUGGCGGCUGGACGCCGAUGGACGCGUCCGUCGUCGUGAUCUUGAUGGCCGCCGCCGGCUUUCUGUUCGCCGGAUACCUUUUCAUCGUCAUGGCCAUGCGGGAGGGCGACAUCGGCUUUGUCGCGCCGUUCCGCUACACGGCGCUUCUCUGGGCGCUUAUUCUCGGCCUGGCGUUCUUCGGCGAGUUCCCCGACACGGCAACCCUUGCGGGCGCGGCGAUCAUGUCCGCGCCCCUGCCCUUGCCGGCCCCCGUUACGCGCAACCUCACCGCCAUCGCGACGAUGACGCUGGCGAUGGCUCUGUUCGCGCUUGACGACAGCUUCAUCAAGCUGGCCGCAGCCGAAAUCAAUGUCGGGCAGGUCAUCCUGUUGCAGACGCUGAUCGCGGUGGUGGUGUUCGCCAUUCUCACCAGGCUUUCGGGCGAUGCCUUGUGGAGCCGCGCCUUCCUCGCGCGCCCGGUCGUCCUGCGCAACACCGGCGAGGUGCUCGGUGUCGUCUGCUUCGUCACCGCGCUCGCGCUGAUGCCGCUUUCGACCGCCUCGGCCAUCCUGCAGGCACAGCCGCUGGUCGUCACGCUCGGCGCCGCGCUUUUCCUGGGCGAGAAAGUCGGCUGGCGCCGAUGGACCGCCGUCAUGAUCGGCUUUUUCGGAGUGCUGAUCAUCAUCCGGCCCGGGAUGGCGGGGUUCACGCCGGCAGCGCUUCUGGCGGUCGGCGCGGUGAUCGGGCUCGCGGUGCGCGAUCUGGCCACGCGUCGCGUGGAGACCGGCAUCAGCACGAUGCAGCUGUCGACCUUUGCGAGCGUCGUCAUCCUGCCGCCCGCCUUCGUCAUGAUGAUGGCCUAUGGCGGCUGGUCGCCGAUGAGUUUUCAGACAACGCUUUAUGUCAUCGGCGCCGCGAUGUCCGGCAUGGGGGCCUACUACGCGAUCACAUUGUCGCUGCGCAUCGGCGAACUGUCCACUGCUGUUCGCGUUGAUCCUGGGCUUUUUCCUGUUCGGUGA